CCUUAUACUGUCCACACUGGGUGAAACCAUGCGUGAAACUGAGUAAGAAGAAAACACUGGAUCAUGUUUCUGUCUGUCUAAUAUUCAACUUAAAACUAACUUCACCGCGUUUUAAUACCAGGGCUGUCGAAACACUGUCGGGGGAAAAAUAACGCAGUCCACUCAAAUGAGCAGUCAGCACAGCUGAACCAGCUCAGUCUUAUAGCAACGAAUCUUUAUCAAAAGAAGAUGAAAAGGUUGUUUUUGUUGCUUCUCUUCUGUCACGUUUCACCAGCAGUGAAACACUCCCUGAAGUAUUUCGUAGCUGCAUUUUCUGGAGUCUCAGACUUCCCAGAGUUCAUGGGAGCUGCAGUGUUUGAUGGUAUUCUGCUGGCUUACUGCGACAGCAACACCAGGGACAUAGAAGCAAAACAGGACUGGGUGAAAAACAUUUUACAAAAUGAUCCUCAGCAGUUACUGUAUUACACUCAUGAGUGUUUUGAGUAUCUGCCAAAUGUCUUCAAACCGAGGAUAUUUUUUUUUAAGCAGCACUUCAACCAAAGUGGAGGUGUCCAUGUUUUACAGUGGAUGAGUGGCUGUGAGUGGGAUGAGGAGACAGGGGAGGUUAAUGGUUUUAGUCAGUAUGGUUAUGAUGGAGAGGACUUCAUGGCAUUUGACCUGAAGACAUCGACAUGGAUCACUUUGAAACCAAACGCUGUCACCAUCAAAGAGAGAUGGAAUGCUGACAAACCUAGAGCAAAAAAUAAUGAGGUUUACCUCACUCAGAUUUGUCCUGAGUGGCUGAAGAAGUAUUUGGACUAUGGAAACAGCUCUCUGCAGAGAACAGAGCUUCCCUCAGUGUCUCUCCUCCAGAAGACUCCCUCCUCUCCAGUCAGCUGCCACGCUACAGGUUUCUACCCUGACAGAGCCCUGAUGUUCUGGAGGAAAGAUGGAGAGGAGCUUCAUGAGGACGUGGACCACGGAGAGAUCCUCCCCAACAACGAUGGAUCCUUCCAGAUGAGUGUUGACUUGAAUCUUUCAUCCGUCACACCUGAAGACUGGAGGAGGUACGACUGUGUGUUUCAUCUCUCUGGUGUGAAGGACGACAUCGUCACCAAACUGGACAAAGCAAAGAUCAAAACCAACUGGGGCAAAACUCUGUUUAGUAAUGACAAUGAUGGGUCCAGCAACAUCACCAUACCGAUUACUGCUGCAGUGGUUGUUCUCACUGUCGUUCUCAUCGCUGUUAUUGGAUUUACUGUUUACAAAAAGAAGAGAGCAAAUCGACCUCCAACUCCUUCUGUCAACAGCUCUGAGCUCUCUGAGAGACUGAAUGAUUGAGAAACACACCAACCAGCACCAUAGACUGUAUUAAAGCCCUGCACGCAGUGACGUCAUGUGAAAAGGCAAAACAGUAAAUACUGCACUGUGUUAAAUAUUCACACCUCUAGUCAGAGUACUGACAUUAGCACUAACCGAAUGCAGGUAAAUACUGUUAGCAGACAGAGAAAAUGCACUACAGAAAGACACAUGUAACACACACACCGAGCACUCAGCUCAGGGAAUAUCAGUGGUGGAGUUUCAAACCAAACUCACCAGUGGAAGAGGCCCAGUUCGUACUGAUUAAGAGUCGGUGCGCUGUUUAUCAACAGCACCAGCCAGUCAGUACAAAAGUUGGUAGUCCAACUUUGGUAUUGACGCUGAGAGUUAUAUUUGUUUGUUUGCUGAGUUACAGAAGAGGAGGAUUUUGUUGAGAUAUGGCAUCUUGCGGAGAUUUGAACUGAGAAAAUGACUAAUUCAUUAGUGCUUGAACUGUGUGUUUUGUAUUAAACACUGACUGUGUAAUACACUGUGACGUAAUGUUUUUGUGUAGCCUAAAUAUAUUGAACACUGAAAUACAACAUAAUUAACAUUAAAUGAUACUUAAAUGAACUGUUUGUUCUGCAUUUAGAGCAUGGUCUAUAUUUCAAAAAGUGGCAGAUACAAUCUCUGAAUGGCAGAAUAAAACCUGAAUGUGAAUUUCAGACCCCUGCCUCCAGUUAAACAAGCUUCCUUAAGAUAAAAGCAAAGAAACAUUCUGAGAUUGUUUUGACAUCCACCAUAAAACAUCUGUCACAUUACAGAUGUAAAGGAAAUAUCUACAAACAGAUGGCUUACUGUGAGCAACGAUACCUAGCUUUACAUGUAGGCCUAGAUACAAAACUUAUAUUUGGAAAAAGGCUGAAUGGGGUGGGGAUGGGGCAGUGGAUAAGGCGCAUGCCUUUGGCUUGAGAAAGUGGGGUUCAAUUUCCUGCUAACACAUCCACCAAUGUGUCUCUGAGCAAGACACUUAAACCCUAGUUGCUCCAGAGGUGUGCGACCUCUGACAUACAUAGCAACUGUAAGUCACUUUGGAUGAAAGCAUCAGCUAAAUGUGAAUAUGACUAGAACUCUGUUUUUUGAAAGCUUGAUUUAUUUGCACUGCCUGUCAAUCCUUUUGUACUGAUGUUCUUCUUUUUCAAUAAAAAGGGUUUUAUGUAAAGUCACACAAGUUCA